CCAGCAGGAUGGGUGAUGCAGAGAGCUGCCUGUUCAGACAACAGACACGCGAGGUCAGGGAGAAGCCGCUUAUAAAUUACCGCUUCCUCAGCGCCGCCGCCAGCGUCGUGCUCCGGGACCUGGCUGCAGCGGAGCUCCCGUGCCCAGCCGCCAACGCCGCGAUCGCCGCCAGCCCCGCCAGCCCCGCCAGCCCCGGGCCAACCGCCGUGGGCUUAGCCACCCAGGUGCAGAGCCAGCGUCACAGCCUCUUCAGAGGAGCCUCUCAAGCUAGCUGGUAUUAGGCACCAUCUUGUAGCCCUGGAAGCCGCUGCCACCACCACCUGCUGCACCAACGUCCAUCAGUCCGACAGAGUUAGAUAUGAGUCCUGUGUACCCAGAAAACGAAAUGGCUACCAAGGAGAAGCUGCAAUGUCUGAAAGACUUCCACAAAGACAUCCUGAAGCCUUCUCCAGGGAAGAGCCCAGGCACACGGCCUGAGGAUGAGGCUGAGGGGAAGCCCCCUCAGAGGGAGAAGUGGUCCAACAAGAUCGACUUUGUGAUGUCUGUGGCCGGAGGCUUCGUGGGUUUGGGCAAUGUUUGGCGUUUCCCCUACCUCUGCUACAAAAAUGGUGGAGGUGCGUUCCUCAUACCGUAUUUUAUUUUUCUGAUUGGGAGCGGCCUGCCGGUGUUUUUCCUGGAGAUCAUCAUAGGCCAGUACACCUCAGAAGGGGGCAUCACCUGCUGGGAGAAGAUCUGCCCCUUGUUCUCUGGCAUUGGCUACGCAUCCAUCGUCAUCGUGUCCCUCCUGAAUAUAUACUACAUUGUCAUCCUGGCCUGGGCCACAUACUACCUAUUCCAGUCCUUCCAGACCGAACUUCCCUGGGCCCACUGCAACCACAGCUGGAACACACCCCAUUGCAUGGAGGACACCAUGCGUAGGAACGAGAGUCUCUGGGUCACCCUUAGCGCCUCCAACUUCACCUCGCCUGUCGUCGAGUUCUGGGAGCGCAAUGUACUCAGCCUGUCCUCCGGAAUCGACACCCCAGGCGCUCUGAAAUGGGACCUCGCCCUCUGCCUCCUCUUAGUCUGGCUCGUCUGUUUUUUCUGCAUCUGGAAGGGUGUUCGAUCCACAGGCAAGGUUGUCUACUUCACUGCCACUUUCCCAUUCGCCAUGCUUCUGGUGCUGCUGGUCCGUGGACUGACCCUGCCGGGUGCUGCUGAAGGCAUCAAAUUCUACCUGUAUCCUGACAUCAGCCGCCUCGUGGACCCACAGGUGUGGAUCGACGCCGGAACCCAGAUUUUCUUUUCCUAUGCCAUCUGCCUGGGGGCCAUGACCUCACUGGGAAGCUAUAACAAGUACAAGUAUAACUCGUACAGGGACUGUUUGCUGCUGGGAUGCCUGAACAGUGGUACCAGUUUUGUGUCUGGCUUCGCAAUUUUUUCCAUCCUGGGCUUCAUGGCACAAGAGCAAGGGGUGGACAUUGCUGAUGUGGCUGAGUCAGGUCCUGGCUUGGCCUUCAUUGCCUAUCCAAAAGCUGUGACCAUGAUGCCGCUGCCCACCUUUUGGUCCAUUCUGUUUUUUAUUAUGCUCCUCUUGCUCGGACUGGACAGCCAGUUUGUUGAAGUCGAAGGACAGAUCACAUCCUUGGUUGAUCUUUACCCGUCCUUCCUAAGGAAGGGUUAUCGUCGGGAAACCUUCAUCGCCAUCGUGUGUUGCAUCAGCUACCUGCUGGGGCUGACAAUGGUGACAGAGGGUGGCAUGUAUGUGUUUCAACUCUUUGACUACUAUGCAGCUAGUGGUGUAUGCCUUUUGUGGGUUGCAUUCUUUGAAUGUUUUGUUAUUGCCUGGAUAUAUGGCGGUGAAAACUUGUAUGACGGUAUUGAGGACAUGAUUGGCUAUAGGCCUGGGCCCUGGAUGAAGUACAGCUGGGCUAUCAUCACUCCAGUUCUCUGUGUUGGAUGUUUCAUCUUCUCUGUUGUCAAGUAUGUACCCCUGACCUACAACAAAGUCUACGUGUACCCUGAUUGGGCAAUCGGGCUGGGCUGGGGCCUGGCCCUUUCCUCCAUGGUGUGUAUCCCCUUGGUCGUUAUCAUCCUCAUCUGCCGGACGGAGGGACCGAUGAGCGUGAGAAUCAAAUACCUGAUGACCCCCAGGGAGCCCAACCGCUGGGCUGUGGAGCGAGAGGGGGCCACACCCUUCAACUCCCGCUCAACCAUCAUGAACGGCGCACUCAUGAAACCCAGUCACGUCAUUGUGGAGACCAUGAUGUGAGGGUCCGGGCCAUGUGACAGGCGCCGCUUUCCUGCUGUUUACUAACGUUAGAUUCUCAUAGGACCAGGUUUACAGAGCUUUAUAUUUGUACUAGGAUUUUUUUUUUAAUUGUCACAGAAAAUGUUACUCUAUGUGUGUGUAUGUGUAUCAUGUGUGUGUGUCUGUAUAUGUGUAUUUUGUUUUGAUUUGGGGGAUAUUUUAUACAAAAAGGAUAACCCAUGGGCCUACGUCCCAGGGAGAGGAUGGACUUUCAUAUUGAUUUUGAUGUAUUUUAUGGGAACUUGGUAAAUUUUUCCUUUGUAUUUUUUUUAACAUAUGACUAUAUAUACUUAGAGUCUGUCAUAUACUUUACCACUUGAAUUGGUCUUGCCAGCAAUGGAUCUCGUUUUCAAAAGCAAUUCUUCGGUGCUUAUAUAGCUGGCAGAAGGUUCUGCCCAAAAGCAAACAAAAAAAAGAGAGAGAGAGAGAGAGAAAAUACUCCAUGCUGGGUAGAUUUUUCCUAUGGUGGUAGAUACAUCUUCAGGAAAGGUGUAGUUCCUUCUGGGCUGGUUCAGGAGGAAGAACACAGUUGAGGAGAGGGAGCUCCCACUAGCUGAACAGACCUGAGGGGCAGGAGAGAGCAGGGCUCUGGGGACACCCCUCACUCCUUCUCAGUCGACAAGAAGGAUACCAAAAUAAUAACCCACCCUCAGCAUGAAGGGCUGGUUCUGAGAACAGUGGAAGCCGUUGUGCCAAGGGCCAAAUACCCUCCCUUUAAUUUUGAUUUAGAGGGUGGGUAGUCAGUAAGAUUGUCUGAACCACUGUGGGUCUUAGAGGCAGGAAUGGGAAGUCUGAAGGGGCUGGUGAGAGCAGGUCUCAGUUCUGGGUGCCUCAGCAGGCUUAGGCAGAAACCUUGUCCUUUCUUGAGCUUUUAGUAUAGUCGCCUGGGUCCAGCCUGGGCUUCAGAGUCAGGAAGUGUCUGCUGUAGUCGAAUGGAGUCAAGGUGGGUGGUGAUCAGGGCAUUCCCCAAGCAGAAUGUAUUUUGGUGAGGGCCAGUGGACCAAAGUAUAUUAGCUCAGGAGGAUGAGUGUACCCCAAACUGGCCAGUGUACCCCAGGAGGACACUUUCCUUCCUUGCCUUUUGGCAAACUCUUGUUAAGGAUGCCACCCCAGAGUCAUUUAGCACCCAGCAAAGGAAUGCUCAGAGUAAUGGCUGUAGGUGCUGGAUGUUAACGGAUUUGAGUUCAAAUACAGAGGUCACUUGAUAGUGACCUCAGAUAUUGUUUCCAAGCCACCGCAGUGGCUGUUGGACAGGUGUUUGCCCACAGGGAGCUGGAGAGAAGACAAAGGGAAGUUUUGUAGGUUUGAAGUUGUCUCCACAGAGAUGAGACCAGCACCCGAGCUGCCUGACUUUAGGCAGAGCUGUUUCCUUCUGAACUAGGAGAGGGCGCUACACCUUCACCCCAGCCUCCACUGGGCCCAACUGUGCCAUCCUGAACCUCUUUGACAAAUGUACACAAUUUUCUGUCUCCAAAGCAAUGUACUCUGCCAAGUGACCCUCUAGUCCUCUUCCAGUGGCUGCUGACUCAGCCACCCGUGAUUCUACUGUGUUCCUGUCGUCCUGUGUAUUUCUGUUUGCUCUCCUUCCCUGAUUUUUAUCGACUUGUAAUGUGCCCAGGUUUUCUUUUGUUUGAUGGAACCUUAAGAGUAACCACUGUGGGUGAUUGAAGACAGAUGAACUGUACAGAGAGGGGACUCGUCCAGCUGCGGCAGAGUCUGUGGUCAUGCCCGUCUACCCUUCCCCUCUGCCAGGCACACCCCUCUGGCGAGCCUUCAGUAUUUUGGGUUGGCAGACAAAUGGCACCAUUCUGGAAAUGGCCUGAGAAAGGCCUUUUAUAUCAUUCCCAGAUCAAAUUCUAGACCAAAGACUCAGCGGGCCAAGUCCCCAGGCCCCACCUGGAUGGAAGGCCAGCAGCCUCCCGUGCCCACUCCACAACAGUGUCCCUGCACCUGUCUUCAAUCCCACCACUCUCAUCCUGCCCCUGGUCCUGACAACCUUUGUUGUGAUGCUUGUCUUUCCAUGUCUGCGUGUAAGUAACAUUUUGAAGUAGAGCUCGUGACUCUGGUCCACGUGCCCCUUGGAGAGAGGGCUAAACUGUACACCUGCCAGCCCUUGCCUGGAACAGGCCAGAUUUUGCCUGUGAGAUAUAGACGGGAAGCAAAGCCCACUGUCAGGCUUAGAGGAGGACCAGGGUGGGCCCAGCAGGACUCUCCUGGGAGAUGUUAUUUGGUCCUAAGAGCUAUGUUAGCCCCCAAGUGGAGGAUCCCUACUGGGCACUGUGGACAGCUUCAGAGGGCCCCCAAUCCAAGGCGCCUUUGUAAGCAGAAAAACUGAGUCCUAGAGUAGGAGAGACUUAUUUACAAUGUGACUGAGUGGAACUGGACAUUAGAGCCAUUAGUAGCUCCAGGCUCUCCGAGGUGUAGGCAGAGGGAAGGCAGGACCAGGACAUUGUCUAAGUAAAUUGUCCGGCCUUCCCUGUCAACCAAAGGCCAGAACUAAAGAGGGCCCCCUGCCCCCAUGCUCGUGGAGCAGAGAGCAAUACCCACUUCUGACCAUCCUCACUCUCCUGCUCACCCCAGCCCAAUGCUAUCCUUCCUUCCUCCCCAAAACCUAUGGGAACCAGGAAUUGAUACACCACUACUCCCAAAUUGCACCACAGGAAACUGAGAGCCAAAGACACAUCUAGUGUGAAAAGCCUUAGGUAGGCUUUUGGCCUCCAUGCAGCCCAAGGCUUUGCAGGAGUAGCCUGAGAGGGGUUCUUUCCCUCUUGGUAAGAUCAUAAGGUGGGUUCUCUCUAUGCCUCUGGCCCUCAGUCCUCACAUCAGCUCCCUAACCCACCCUGGAAGGCCAUGCAGACCAUGGCAAAGCAUGAGGAGAAAGCAGCAUGUGUUCCCCUCUGUAUAGGAAGGGGCUUUCUCUAUCACAGGCUGUCACUAAUGAGGCCAACAGCAUUCCAACCCUGCCCUUCUGGAUGGGGCAAUGCUCUAGGCAACCAGCUGAAACAGGCUUAAACAGCCAGCCUGGUUCCUCUCUCCAAGAUGCAGACCCAAGCCAGGAAGGCACCUUAGAGAAAGCCCUUCACGGUCCCACUCAAACCUGAGACCCCUGUCCCUACGGACACUGUAAAUACCUCUGUGUACACACCUCUCCUUCAUCAAGUCCAAAACCACACACAAAACAAACCCAGAUACCCCUAGAUGGAGAGGGGUGCCCCGGAAGCCAGAGCAGUGCUCCCACCGCUCCUCCUCCAUGCUGACCUCCCAGGAGUCAGGUCUUCGCAGAAAGCUGGUUUUCCAUGCUCUCUGGGAGGGAGGAGGGGUGGUGGUGGUGUCAUUACAGGCAUGUUCUGGCAUGUUCCCUGAAGGACAGAGCAUCUUGUUAUAUAUUUGGCUUCAAAAUGAGAUGGUAGCUCCAUUUUUUUUUAAACCCAAUUAAUCUUUUCAAUCCCUAACAACUGUGACUGUAUUUAGCACAAGAGAAAGCUGAGAACAUGGGUUUUGCCUCCUUCAGAAUUAUGUCUCGCUCAUCAGGACAUUUUUUAAAACUUCAAAAUAUUUUUAAGAUAUUUUAAACUUUUGUAAAAAAUAAAAAACUAAAAAACAAACACACACACACACACAUACAUAAAACAAAACCUGAAACCAACCAAUAAGGGGAGGAGCGUUCAUGUUUGAAGGAUCCUUGGUGUGUGACUUGUCUUGCAGUAUACAAGCUCUGUGUAUUGAUGUAUAAUGAUGACGACCCUGCAUUUUGCAGGGUUUCGGGGUUUUUUUCCUCUUUUGCUUUUUAGAUGAAUAUGUAUAUUGAUAUUUUAAAUCCAUCUUUGCUUUUUUUAGAGGAGUUUAUAAUCACCUUGUAACACAACAAUAAACAUUUCCUUUUUAAAAUCCAAGAA